AUGCCUCUGGACGAAGAGGGAGUUAAGUGGUCCUGUGUCCUCACCCGAGAGGAGCUUGCAGUUGCCAGAGGACAUAUAUCUCAAUGGCCAAAAUCUCGAAAGGCUCGAGUUAUCUUUGCCGGCCUUUAUACAAAGGUCUCAGAGAGUCAAGAUGACGUCUCUCAAUCAACGCCAGCAUAUGUGCCCCUUAUGGCGUCACCUGCCUUAAGCAAAGUACAGAAACCUGAGAGGAGUGAAAGCCAUUUCCACCUCGCACCAGGAACCAUUGCGAAGGCGCUCAAAUACCCCACCAGCGCAUGA